CUUCCGCAUGCAUACCGCGGAUUUUUGAAAAUAACGACUGGUUCAGUAUAAAGACACGGCGUCAAAUCAGAAAUAUCAACCGCCACACUACAUAUUGUGAGCAUCAUGUCAUCCAUUACUGAUCCAAACAUGAGUAUCAGGUUCACCAGUGCGAUGGAGGAGAUCCACAACAAACAGCUCAAAACAUAUGGAGAGAUAAUUGAUGCAACUACCGAAUUAUGCCAAUCCCACAGACAGUUUGUGAAGUCUGCACAUGAUACAUGUAUAAGGAAAUGCAAGGACGCUGAGAUUCUGUUUGAUACAAUACAGGCAUUUAAAAAAGACUUGGAGCAAAAAAAUGCGUCAUUGAAAACAAAACAGCAUGCCAUCUCUGAAAUGGUAUCUGAGAUUCGGCAGAAAGAGAUGCAGAAAGAUGACAUCAUCCAGAAGAUAGAGAAACUUAAAGAAGAACUUGCAAAGAGAAAAGAGUUAAUUGAGUCUCAAAAUAAAGCAAACAAAGCCAGACUGAGGAAUCUCCAGAAAAGCAGAGUUGUUUUUCAGGAUCAUUUGGGGAUGGAGAUAAGAACAAUAUUCGGCAAAACUCAACUGGUUAAAGGUGAAAAGGUGCAGUUUGUUUUCCGGAAUAUUAAACCUUCAGAUCCGGAUAGUGCUUACGUCGUCACAAUGGGAAUUAAAGAGGACAGAUCAUACCAGAUUGUGUCAAGUGACCCCGUGCUCGAGUGUUUGCCAGUCUUGGAAAGCCGACUUCAGGAGACCAAUAACUUAGCAGCGUUCCUGGCAAACGUCAGGAAGGAGUUUAUCUCAAAGGCGCGCUGCUGAGACUGUAAGGACGGGGGGAAAAAAAAUACCAUGUCAUGAAGUUCUUUCUGCAGUGUGGACUAAUGUAGACAUGGAGCGCAAUUUUCAGUGUUUAUCUACAGUACAUGUCUAAAAAUGCCUUGUCAGGGCGAAUAGAUGUGGUACUAAAUGACAUUUUUAUCCAUAUAUCAGUUAAAGAUUAUUGACUUAGAAUCCAAAUCCCUGGGAUGCCUUCCCCUUCCCCAACACCAAGUUUCUUGACCCAGUACCACACUCCCUAUUUUUUUCUUCAC